CAGCGACUUCUGGGGGGAGGGGUUUGUAGAUUAAUCCGGGUUUAGAAGGGAUUAAUGUCAGGUUUGGUUUGGUAGUAAACUCACAUCCAUGUCAGUCACUUUUGGCUCCUGCUGACGGACUCACACUGCUGAUUCACCUCGCUCAGAGGUCUGACAGUGAGCCAUCGCUACAGACCAAACUGGACCACAGUGGAAGGAGUGGGAGUUCCUUUUCCGUCCUCUUCAGUGGUUUGGACGUCUGGCAUGAGACAAACUAUGGAAGAUGGUGUCACUGAGGUUCUGUCCAGCGUGGUGGAGGACAUCGGUGAAGCCGUUACCAGAAACAUCAAUGGUGCUCAGAUUCUGCAUGAGCUACUGAGUGCACCAUGGCUGCACGCCCUGUUGAAGAUUUAUGAGUGCCUGAUCCAGUUCCAGAAGAUUAAACCGAACCCCUUUCUGCCUUAUGCCUCAGGACUCUCCUAUGAGAUUUUGACUGUAAUACAAAGAGCUCCUCAUCCAUCUCCUGAAGCCAGAGAGCUUUUUGGCCUCCUCAGUUCACCUCACAUGCAGGCUCUUCUGUCGUCACAUGACAGUGUGGCACAGGCAGAUUACCUUCCUGUUCUACCUCCACUGCCCGACGAGUUACCUGAAGAUGAAGAGGCCAUGAGGAUCGUUUGUCUCGUGAAAAACAACCAGCCGCUGGGAGCAACAAUAAGGAGAGACGAGGAGACGGGAGAGAUCUACAUCGCCCGGGUCAUUCAUGGCGGACUGGCCGACCGCAGUGGACUUCUGCACCCUGGUGACCUGAUUGUAGAGGUGAAUGGGAACCCUGUGGUGGGUCUGGACCCAGCAAAAGUCAUCCGAAUACUAACUAAUUCUACAGGCACAAUCCUGUUUAAAGUCAUCCCUAAUUCCACUCAGGCCAGCAGCAACCAGAAACCGGUGUACAUGAGGGCCAUGGUGGACUACUGUCCCCGGAGGGACUCCUCCAUCCCAUGUCCAGAUGCAGGCAUGUCCUUCAGCAGAGGAGACCUGCUGGAGGUGGUGGACCAGACCGACGCGCAGUGGUGGCAGGCCAGGAAGCUGCCCUGUGGAGCCUCCUUUGCUCGUCUGAUUCCCUCUGCGAGCACGCUGAAAAGUAAACAGAGAGAGCACUGGUGGUGUCAACCGCUACACACUCAUACCUGCAUGAGACCCCUGACGCUGGCUGCCAACGAAAAUGAGCCGACAUCCGGCGACGACAAAAGCACGACAGCAGAAGUGGACAACGAUCAAUACAUUAAAAUUGAUGAGGCCGACUCUGACUUUACGGAGGGCAUCUAUUUGGCUGGUUUCCGUCGGAGUUUCCAUGUCUGGAAAAGAACAUCCUACAAGAGAAGGAGGCAGUCCUGCUCCUCCUGCUCCCCCAACAGCAGCGCCUUGGCCACGCCCUAUGAGGAGGUUGUACUGUACCAGCGCCCCCCGCAGGAAAACCACCGCCUCAUCAUGCUAGUGGGUGCUUCAGGGGUGGGAGUGAACAAGCUGAGAAAGAGACUCAUCAAGCUGAACCCCUCCACCUUCCAGGGACCUGUACCACAUACGACUCGGCCAAUGAGAGAAGGGGAGCAGAUGGGCAGAGAGUACCACUUUGUUACCAAGGAGCUGUUUGAGUAUAUGGUCUGCAAUAACAGGUUUGUGGAAUAUGGAGAGAAUAAAGGCCACCUCUAUGGAACCAGCUUCGAUAGUAUUGAUGAAGUCCUCAAACAUGGAAGGAUGUGCAUAGUUGAUGCUGAGUCUCAUAGUAUUCCACUUUUACGAACAAGGAAGCUGAAGCCGUUUGUGAUCUUCAUUAAACCCCCGAGCCCAGAGAGACUGAGACAAACCCGCAGAAACGCCACCAUCAUGGUUAAUGACACGGUCAACAGAGCUUUCACUGAGGAAGACUUUGUGGAGUUGGAGGAAGUUUCUCGGCUGAUUGAGGCUAAAUACAAACAGUUUUUUGACAGUAUUCUGGUGAACGACGGCCUCCAGGACGCCUGCAUGAAGCUCUGCUCCGUCAUCCAUCAGGCUCAAAACGAGCCGCAGUGGAUUCCUGUUAGCUGGAUCCUUCAACAGGAAGAGUGAUGAAGAAACUGGGAAAGAAAUGAAAGUGGAUCUGCUAAAAUAGUAAAAUAUUAAAGAGUGAGAACUUUAACUUAAUGUUGGGAUGAAAUGUGAACAGAUGGAAGAAAAAAAGGAAGGUAAUAGAUUGCAAAAAACUGUAAACGAAUGAGGAAAGCAUUAAAAACAGACACGUAUCUGUUACAUUUUGAAAAUAACUGAACUGAACAUAUUAAGAUCAUUUGAUAUAUUAUUAAAAAACUUAAGUUACAAUUAAGCAUAGCAUAUUUUUGUCAAAGAAUAAAAAUCACUUAAUUAACCUUACACUGAAAAAAGAGAAGUAAAGCCUGAAGGAACAAAUCUCACUGACUGACACAUUCUGCAUCUUAACAUGAGCUUUAAAGAGUUUGCUAUGAGUUAGCAUGAUCAGAUGGUUUCACACUACGGUGUGUCUAGAACUUGUGUUUGAUUGCUGUGUCUGAUUUAUGCCGCAUACACUUGACUAGACAAUUGUGUUUUCAUGUAACACAAUAAAUCAGUGACAAACGC